AUGAUUGAUCUCUCAUUUUCUGAUGAAUUUGGAUACAUGACAGCACCAACUAGUGUUGCAAGUAGCUGCAACAAUGAGAAAUUCUUCUAUAGUGCACCAACUAGUCCUAGCAGAAGGAUCAUCAAGCUAGGUGCAAAUUCUUUCUGCCAAACAAGUCACACAUCACCAAGAACAAUUCAAGAUGAGGAUGAUGGAAGGUACUCCAAUCUGGAUGAGUUUGAAUUCGAGACGAGUCGCAGGUACACCGGUUACUUGGACACCAAGAAAUCCCAAAAAGAUGAUGAUUUUGAUGGUGAUUCAUUGCAAACCAUGGCAUUUGCUGAUGAGUUAUUCAAUGAUGGUAAGGUUUUGCCAUUGGAGCCGCCGCCGCCUCUUAAACUUCCUCCGAGGCUGAUUCAGAACAAUGGAGAUUGUGGCAGUGUGGUGAUGAGUGCACAAAGUUCAACUCUUACUUCUCCAAAAUCCCCUGCUUUGGUGCUAAGGCUACUACCUUUUUCGCGACAUAGUUUGUGGAACGAUGAAUUUGAUCCGUUCGUGGCAGCUUUGGAGAAGGUCAAGGAUGAUAAGAGAGGGAAUUCGAAUUCAAAGGCGAAGAAUGGUCUUAGAAGGACUAGAUCACUUUCUCCAUUCAGGGGAUUCAACCAUAGGUCUGAAAAACAUGUAGGAAUAUCCAAGACAAAGAUACAAGUAUCCGAAUCGCAUUGUUGUGAGCUUCAAAAGGAGCCAUUACUAUUGAUGAAGCAAGAAUCAAGGAGGGUUGAUAUGAUAUCAGUUGAAGAGAGCAAUGAUGCAGCCUUUGAGACAAAGGAAGAUGAGAGAAAGAGAAGUGGAUUUUGGAGAAGGAAAAAGAAGAACAAGAAAGAAAACAGCAUAGUGAAGCUUCUCUUUGGGAAUGGUUAUGUGAGGAAAUCAAGUGAUAAACACAAGUUAGAAGGUCAAAAGGAAUCAUUAGAGAAGCCAGAAUUCAUGAUGAGGAAGCUUGAUGCUGAUUCUGUCAGUUCAUCACAAUCAACAGAGAGGGAUAAAGAUGAAACAAGAAGUGACAUGAGCAAAAUGAGCUUGGUAUGUCACAAGCCUAGAGGAUCAAAACUUUUUCUUUGUUUAGGCCAUGGAGGGUAUGUCAAGUGA